AUGUUAGGUCACUGUGUAGUGGUGUACAUUGACAACAUCUUAGUGUACUCCACUACACGUGAGCAACAUGUCUCUCAUGGCAGGUCCGUUUUGGAGAGGCUGAUAGGGCAUCACCUGUAUGCCAAGGCGGAGAAGUGCCUUUUCUUUCAGCAGGCGGUCUCCUUCCUGGGCUAUCUGAUAUCCACCGCAGGAGUGGAGAUGGAAGAGCAGAGGGUCAGUGCAGUACGGUCGUGGCCUGUUCCAUCCAACAUGAAGGUGGUGCAACGCUUCCUAAGUUUUGCCAACUACUUCAGGAACUUCAUUAGAGGGUUCAGCACAGUGGUGGCCCCUCUCACCUCCCUCCUGAAGGGAGGUCCUAGACAGCUGCGCUGGACUGAGGAGGCCAACAAAUCCUUCCUUUGCACUCAAGGAACGUUUUACGAACACACCUGUUCUGACCCCUCUCUGCCCUUCAUUGUGGAUGUGAACGCCUCCGAAGUUGGAGUAGGGUCUGUUCUCUCCCAACGCACUGGAUCGCACUCACGUCACUAG